CACCAUCUCAAGCUCUACAGAAGAGUCUCAAAAUUGGGCGAACUCUGGUAUUUUCCCUUCCCAAAUGGCAAAGAAUGAACAGGCGGCCGCAGCCUGCCUCGAUUCAACCUGCUGUCUGUGUCUGAACUCUGAAAGUCUCCAGCUUUGAAUCUCCAUUUACUAAUAUACAAACUUGGGCUUCUUCUUCCCUCCUUCCUUCCGCAAACUUGGUGGUGUGGACAUUAAACAAAUCAAAAAGACUUGUUAGUUGUUAGCACGUAUUCAUCAUCAUCAACUCAUACACAGACAAGAGAGCUACGACACCCCUCUCCACAACCCACCAAAAUAGUCUUGUUCCUUUCCGUUUUCUUUUAUUUUAUCCAUCUUACCUUCCUUCGUUCUCGUUGGCUGAACUCUCCUUUGUUUCCUCCGGAUUUCUUGCUGAGCUUUAUUGUGAUCCUCUCUGCGAUACCAAGGACUGUCUUCUCUAUUCUCAACAUCUCAGGCAGCUCUCUCAAAACUCAAAAGGGUUUCCUUUUCUUUCCUUUUUUCUCGCGUCUUUGCUCUGGCUCGGGCUCUUUGCUUCUUUUCUACAUUGGUUAGCCACUUUCCCCACUUUCCUCUUUGAAUCUUACACGUUCCCCUUUAUGCCUUUUGAUCGUCUCUUUGGUUGUGACGAUUUCCUUGAUUCAGUGGACAAAAGGGUUUUCCAUAACUCUCGAAGUUUCCGCUGGGUUUGUUCUUGUAGAUUGCUGUCACUCGUAGGCUGGUUUUGUUCGUUCUCUUUGAGUUCGUUUUGACUUGCUCCAGUUGGGGGAAGUCUCUAAUCUAUCAAAGUUUGGCGUAUUGAAUUGGUCAACUUAAGUUCACUGCAUAGUGCAGAAGCAAGGGAUUUUAAGUAUUUUUGCCGAUCUUUGCAAUACCAUAUGGUUUUCUUUCCUAAGGAUUACUUUGUGGGGAGGUUUCAGCUUGGAAUCGGUAUGCUUUAGUGAAAAGGCUAGAUCUUGAUGUUGAAAUCACUUGGGUUCUAUUGGAGGUGAUCUGAGGGUUCCAGGAUUUGAUUAGAUGGGUAAUAACUGUGUUGGGCCAAGCACUGCCAAAAAUGGCUUUCUCCAGACUUUUUCUGCUGCAAUGUGGAGAACCAGAGUGCCAGAUGAUGCAGCUUCUCAGGGAAAUGGAGAAGCGAUUCCGGAGGUGGUGACCAAUAAAGGAUCUGAAGUACCUUUCCAGGUUCAGGACAAGCCCCCAGAGCAAGUCAUCAUUCCUAAAGCAGAGAAAAGAGAUGAACCUGUACCUGAUCAGAAGGCUGAACCAGCUGAGAAACCUAAGAAGAGGUUUCCAGCUCCAGAAAUGAAGAGGGUUGGCAGUGCUGGUCUUCGGGUUAGCUCUGUGUUGCAGACUAGAACUGGCAAUUUCAAGGAGUUUUAUAACUUGGGAAAGAAGCUAGGACAAGGGCAGUUUGGAACCACGUUUCUGUGCGUGGAAAAAACUAGUGGGAACAAAUAUGCUUGUAAAUCGAUUGCGAAAAGAAAGUUGUUGACCGAUGAUGAUGUGGAGGAUGUGAGAAGGGAGAUUCAGAUCAUGCAUCAUUUGGCUGGCCAUCCAAAUGUCAUAUCCAUUAAAGGGGCUUAUGAGGAUGCAGUGGCCGUUCAUGUUGUUAUGGAGCUAUGUGCUGGAGGGGAACUCUUUGAUCGGAUUGUUCAACGUGGGCACUAUUCAGAAAGGAAAGCUGCACAGCUUACUAGGACGAUAGUUGGAGUUGUUGAAGCUUGUCAUUCACUUGGUGUGAUGCAUCGCGACCUCAAGCCAGAGAAUUUUCUGUUUGUGAACCAACAGGAGGACUCAUUGUUAAAAACAAUUGAUUUUGGAUUAUCAAUCUUCUUCAAGCCAGGGGAAAGGUAUUCUGAUGUAGUUGGCAGUCCUUAUUAUGUUGCUCCAGAGGUUUUGAAAAAACGUUAUGGUGCAGAAGCUGAUGUUUGGAGUGCUGGAGUGAUUCUCUAUAUUCUGUUAAGUGGAGUGCCACCCUUCUGGGCAGGUGUUGUUCGAAUAUAUUCAGAGACCGAACAGGGGAUAUUUGAGCAGGUUCUCCAGGGUGAUCUUGACUUUGACACAGAACCUUGGCCAAACAUCUCCGAAAGUGCUAAGGAUUUGGUUAAGAAAAUGCUUGUUCGAGACCCCAGAAGGAGACUAACUGCUCAUGAAGUUCUGUGCCAUCCAUGGGUACAAGAAGAUGGUGUAGCUCCUGACAAACCUCUUGAUUCUGCUGUACUAAGUCGUCUGAAGCAAUUCUCAGCCAUGAACAAACUCAAGAAAAUGGCUCUUAUAAUCAUUGCGGAGAGCCUAUCAGAAGAGGAAAUUGCUGGGCUUAAGGAGAUGUUCAAGAUGAUUGACGCCGAUGGGAGUGGUCAGAUCACUUUUGAUGAACUUAAAGCUGGAUUGAAGAGAGUUGGGGCUAACCUCAAGGAGUCAGAAAUCUACGAUCUAAUGCAAGCAGCGGAUAUAGACAACAGCGGCACCAUUGAUUAUGCAGAGUUCAUUGCUGCAACGCUGCAUCUGAACAAAAUCGAGAAAGAGGACCAUCUCUUUGCAGCCUUCUCGUACUUUGACAAGGAUGGAAGUGGCUACAUCACUCAAGAUGAGCUUCAACAAGCUUGCGAGGAGUUUGGCUUACAAGAUGUUCGCUUGGAAGAGAUGAUCAAUGAAGCUGAUCAGGACAAUGACGGGCGCAUAGAUUACAACGAGUUCGUGGCUAUGAUGCAAAAGGGAAGUGUAGCAGCAACCCCAGGAAGGAAGGCACUAGAGACUAGCUUCAGCAUGGCGUUCAGAGAUGCGCGGAAACUCAACACCAGCCAGUAAGUGCUGUUUGCUUUUAUGUCGUGUGUUUUUGGUUUCGUUGCCCCCCGGUCAUCUGAAGAACCAAAGGCUGUAGUAGUGUAUAGUGAGUGAGGAGGCGGCUAUGCCACUCUCAACCGAGAUGCCAGCGAACAUUGUCCAAUUACACAUCGAUCUGGGUUUGGACCUGCAAAAGUGGGGUGUUCUUUGUUACUUCUUUUCAUUUUCAAAAAUGUAAUACUGCGCUGUGCCAUGGCUUCUUUAUGUUGCUUGUGACAAUGUCGACUAGAUGAACUGUAGUUAAUAUUUUUUAAUUAAUAUUUAUCAUCCUUAUAGUUCAUUUGGAACCCAUUUUUUGGGCAGUGUUUUCCUUAAUUCUUUCUUUGUUUUUUCUUGUAAUGGUUUUUCUUACACAUAAUUCUUUUUUAAUGAUUCCUCUGUAUUGCUUGGUAUUAUUGGUAGUGGAAUUCAUACAAUUGUUAGUGUAAAGAGAACAAAGCGCUUGAUCUAUCGACAUUAUUACUGGUGUAAUGUCUGGUUGUCCCCGAAAAGCUCAGCGCUUCGCAUCAUAGUUGUCAAACUAUUGGUAGGUAUGUCACUUGUAUAAUCGAGUUCAACAGAUAUGGGAGGAAAACCAGGUGGAAAGACCAUCAAUAUGAAGCAAAUCAUUGCAAAUCAGUAACUUCUAAAGAGAAAGUUGAGAAUGACUAGAAGAGCACUGCACUGAUGAUGCUGAAGAUGUUGAUAACGAGAAGAAUGAUAACAGCAGUGAAAGUGCCGGCCCCAGUGGUGAAGUUGUCAAGAACCAGUUGAUCCCAAUAACUCGAGUUGUUGGGAUCAACUGGUUCUUGACAGUUCAAUCGUGGAUCAUAUACCAUUCACUUUACUAACAGAAAUUCCCUGAGGUUUUUGCGAAACCAAGUGCUGGAUCCCACCCAAAUCUGCCACGUUGGCACAGAUGUCACACAAACAGCAAGCAGUUCCACAGUUAGGAUGACGACCACGUCAGUCCAACGAUGGUCAAUGCCAUAGCAGCGCCUAACAAGCCAGAGAAAACCAGGGGCUACUACCACCCACUGAAAACCAGCAGCAGCAAGCCUCAGGUAUUUGGUCUCCUCCCCACACUAUAUAUAGCUAAAGCCAUUCCUUUUCAGACCUUGCAACAAGAGAUAACUAUGGCUAUGAGUUCGACAAGCAAAGCUUGGAUAGUAGCAGCCAGCAUAGGAGCCGUGGAGGCACUGAAAGACCAAAUGGGAUUCUGCAGGUGGAACUACGUACUCAGAUCGACUCAUCAUUACGCCAAGACCAACGUGAGAUCUGUCUCUCAGGCGAAGAGCCUCGCGCCUUCCUCUGCCGCAGUGGUCUCCGGUAAGCUGAAGGAGGCUCAGCAGUCGGAGGAGUCUCUUAGGAAAGUUAUGUACUUGAGUUGCUGGGGUCCUUAUUGAGAAAUACACCGAAAAGGGGACUUCACAGAGAGAAGUUUUUUUUUUUUUUUUUGUAAUAGCCAUGGCCUGAUCAUAGUGGAGCUCCUUGAAAUGACGAAGGAGUUUUGUAUAUAACUUGGGAGCUCAGUUUGCUCGUUGGGAGCUCAGUUUGCUCGUUGUUUUGGAUAAUAGGCUUAUAUAUAUGCAACUGAGUGGUCUGAAUGACAAAGGUUAGAGAUGGGUUUUCGUCUAUGGGGAAGAACGAAUCUCCCUUGUUAUUAUGCAAUCAACUUUCACCAAAAUAAAUCAACU